AUGGAGCUUCCCCCAGGGCCUCGCGACGAUCCCCGCGCCUGGGACGAUGACUCGGACCCGGAGCCGGAGCCCGACCCCGACGCGCAGGCCGAGGCUUACGUGGCCCGCGUGCUCAGUCCGCCGAAAGUCGGGCAGGCGCUCCCGCGCGCGCCUUUGCUGUCGGCUCCGGUCGCGUCCCCUGGCGCCCUGGAGCCGCGGGCGGCGUCCAAGGGUCCGCCCGUGGGCGUCCCGGGCCUGCUGAGCCUUCCUCCGGAGCUGCUGCUCGAGAUCUGCGCCUACCUAGACGCGCGUCUGGUGCUCCACGUCCUGCCGCGCGUGUGCCACACGCUGCGCGACCUCGUGCGUGACCAUGUCACCUGGAGACUACGCGCGCAGCGCCGCGUACGCGCGCCCUACCCAGUGGUGGAAGAGGAGGACUUUGACUGGCCGACGGCCUGCAUUGAGCUGGAGCAACACCUGUCGCGCUGGGCCGAGGACGGGCGCUGGGCUGAGUACUUCUGCCUGGCCGACGGACACUUUGCUUCCAUCGACUCCGUGCUGCUGCUCCAGGGUGGGACGCUUUGUCUGUCAGGCUCCCGAGAUCGCAACGUCAACCUGUGGGACCUGCGGCAGCUCGGGGUGGAGCCCAGCCGAGUUCUAGUCAAGGCCCUGGGCACCCAGAAGAACAGCACCCACAAGGGGGAUGAUCGCAGGUCUGGUCCGCAGGGCUGGGUGUGGUCGCUGGCAGCGCUGGACCACCGCGUGUGCUCCGGUUCCUGGGACAGCACGGUGAAGCUCUGGGACAUGGCGGCAGACGGGCAGCAGUUUGGCGAGAUAAAAGGCAAGGCGGCCGUGCUGUGUUUGUCCUACCGGCCUGACAUCCUGGUGACUGGCACCUAUGACAAGAAGGUGACCGUCUACGACCCCAGAGCGGGCCCGGCGCUGCUGAAGAGCAGGCGGCUGCACUCCAGCGCGGUGCUGGCGCUGCUGGCGGAUGACCGUCACAUCAUCUCGGGCAGCGAGGACCACACACUCGUGGUGUUCGACCGCCGGGCCAACAGCGUCCUGCAGCGACUGCAGGUGCGCCCUCCCCUGCGGCCUGGAGGGACGGGGGCUGCGGCCUGGCCUGGCCUGAGCUGCCGUGUCCCGCGUCCCUCCCACAGCUGGAUUCCUACCUGCUCUGCAUGUCCUACCGGGAGCCCCAGCUCUGGGCUGGUGACAACCAGGGCCUGCUGCACGUCUUCGCCAACCACAGUGGCUGCUUCCAACUCGUCCGGGUCUGCCGGGGCUCUUGCCCCUUGCCCAACCGUCCCUGGGCCUCCUCCCUACUUCUCGACCCCUGGGUGGUUGUCGGGCUGGCGUUGGGAGAGCCCUUACCUGAGUGUCACCUGUUCCUCUUUUCUGCAGUCCUUUGACGUGGGCCACAGGUCUCAGAUCACAGGCAUCAAACACUCACUGGGGGCCUUGUACACCACGUCCACCGACAAGACCAUCCGGGUGCACGUGCCCACGGAUCCACCAAGGACCAUCUGCACCCGAAGCCACAACAAUGUGCUAAACGGGAGACUUUGAAGCCUGGACACUCGUGGAGUGAAAUGUCAGCGGCAGCAGCUGCCUCCGCUGAGGGGGGUCCCUGCCCCAGGGGGCCCAGUGGCUGCACUGGUGUCACAUGUCACCUUGGCUAAGGGGAAGGCGGGGUUCCCGGCCUCUGCUCCCCACCGUGUAUAGAGUGUACCCUGGCUCAGGUGCGGGCCUGCCUCUCCCCCUCCAUCUACACUCACCCCCGGGAUCUUACCCAUAGGUUACUCCAUCCACUUGUUUAUGCUGAUGGCUCCACCUGUCCCCAUCCCAGCCCCGUCCCUGAUUUCAGAGCUGCCCAAAGAGCUUCCUGCUCUUCAGUCGGUCACACUGAUGUCUCGGGGGUCUCUCAUCUAACUCGGCCAAAGCUGGGCUCCAGAUUAUCCUCUCCCCCCCCCCCCCCCAGAUCUUCUGCCCCCAAGUUCACCACCAUCCACCCAACUGCCCUGGCCCAAAUCUUGAACCCCUUCAAUCCUCCCUUUCUGGUGUCCCCUUUCUGAUCCUUUCCCAGGAACUCUCAGAUCAACUUGAAAUUAGGUUCUCAGUCUGGUCACUUCUUUCCACACCUGUUGGCAUCUCCCAGGUCCUGCGCCCACCUCUGCCGGCUCGGACCUGUGCAGUUACCUCUGCUCUGGUCUCCCCUGCUCGUCCCUUCCCCACUGCCCCUGCUCCCCACCGCCCUUCUCAAGGCAUCCAGCGGGAUCUGGUAAAAAAUCACAUUACAACACGGAUGCACCUUGAGAACAUUAUGUUAAGCGAAAUGAGCCAGUCACAAAAUGACCGAUAAUGCACGAUCCCAUCUAUGUGAGGUCCCUAGAGGAGUCAAAUCCAUAGAGACAGGAAGCAGAUGGUGGAAACCAGGGGCCGGGGGGGGGGGGGGGGGGAAGGGUAAGGAGUUAGUGUUUCCUGGGGCAGAGUUUCAGUUUGGAGAGAUGAGAAGGUUCUGGAAAUGUAUGGUGAUGAUGUUUGUACAACAGUGUGAAUGUGCUUAAUGCCAUGGAACCGUACGCCUUACAGUGAUUAUGAUAAUAGGGGCGCCUGGGCGUCCCACUUCAGCUAGGUCUCUCUGCUGUCUG